UGCGCAUGCCCGUUAGCAGGGACUCGCUCGCUCUCGUCAACCGUGCACCGGGCCAAGCCAAGCUGUCAUCCACGUUAUCGUCAUCUUCUCUAACCGACAACCGUGUUUUAUCCUCCACUGUACACGUCGGGCCUCGGUGAUACUCUUUAGACACAGCGGCCCAAACACACAAGAUAAUUCCCUGUUUUUUCAAAGCGGAGAAACAGCGUUUAUCGAGACAUCAUUUUCUCUGCAAAUAACAAGAAGGCGCAAGAUGACGUUGGACAGGGGUUGGAUGUGGCGCGUGCUGCUCCUGUCCUCCCUGGCUGUGGCAGCUGUAGCGGCCCAGGAGAAACAGUUGGAAGUUGAUGUUUCAGACAUCGAUGAAGAUGUGGCGUUGGAUGAGGAAGAAUUAGAGGUUCUGAUGGGAGAAGAGGAGGAGGCAACGGUGAUGGAUGAAGACCACUAUGAUGAGACUGUCGACACAGCAAGUGGAAAGGCUGGCAAGGCUGAAAUGGAUGCAAAUGUUUCUUUCCAGGUAACAUACAAGACCCCUGUUCCCACUGGAGAUGUAUACUUUGCGGAGACAUUUGAUGAUGGAACACUGGACGGUUGGCAGCUGUCGAAGACCGUAAAGGGGGAUGCAGAUGAUGACAUUGCCAAAUAUGACGGGAAGUGGGCUGUGGAGCAGCUGAAGGAGAACAAAGUUCCAGGAGACCAGGGUCUGGUGCUCAAGUCCCGGGCCAAACACCACGCUAUCUCCGCAAUGCUGAACAAACCAUUUGUCUUCAAGGAUGAACCUCUGGUCAUACAGUAUGAGGUGAAUUUCCAGAAUGGUAUUGACUGUGGUGGAGCAUACAUCAAACUGCUUACAGACACUGGCAAUCUCAAUCUGGAGCAAUUCCAUGACCGUACACCCUACACCCUCAUGUUUGGACCAGACAAGUGUGGCGAGGACUACAAGCUGCACUUCAUCUUCUGCCAUCAGAAUCCUCUGAACAAAGACAUGGAGGAGAAGCACGCCAAGAGGGCUGAUGUCGACCUCAAGAAGUUCUACACUGACAAGAAGACCCACCUCUACACUUUGGUCCUGAACCCAGACAACAGCUACGAGAUGCUCAUCGACCAGUCUAGUGUGAGCCGCGGCAGCCUGCUGCACGACGUGGUCCCUCCAGUCAACCCAGCCAAAGAGAUAGACGACCCAAAUGACUCCAAGCCGGAGGACUGGGACGAGAAGGCCAAGAUUCCUGACCCCGAGGCUACCAAGCCCGAUGACUGGGAUGAAGAUGCUCCAGCAAAGAUUGACGACCCUGACGCUUUGAAGCCAGAGGGCUGGCUGGACGACGAACCAGACUUUGUCGCCGACUCUACUGCUGAGAAACCAGAAGACUGGGACGAGGAGAUGGAUGGGGAGUGGGAGGCCCCGCAGGUUCCUAACCCAGCCUGUGAGACGGCCCCCGGCUGUGGGGAGUGGAAGCGUCCCCAGAUCAACAACCCUCAGUACAAGGGCAAGUGGAAAGCCCCUCUGGUGGACAAUCCCAACUAUCAGGGAGUCUGGAAGCCGCGUAAAAUCGAUAACCCGGACUAUUUUGAGGACCUGCAGCCGUUCAGGAUGGCACCUUUCAAGGCCGUGGGCUUGGAGUUGUGGUCCAUGACCUCGGAUAUCUACUUUGACAACUUCAUUAUCACCUCUCACAAGGAGGUGGCCGACCGCUGGGCCUCUGACAGCUGGGGGCUGAAGAAACUGGUGGCCAGCGCUAACGAGCCCGUUUUUUUUGCUCAGCUGAUGAUGGCGGCAGAGGAGCGCCCGUGGCUCUGGGUGAUCUACAUACUGACGGUCGGCCUGCCCGUAGGACUGGCUGUGCUCUUCUGCUGGCCGAAGAAAUCAGACGACGACUACGUGUACAAGAAGGUGGAUCCUCCCCAGGCUGAUGUAGAAGAGGAGGACGAGGAGGACGAAGAAGAAGAGGAGGCAGCAGCAGUGGAUGAGGAAGACAAAGCAGCCGAGGCUACACGCGGAGCAGCAGCUGCAGCAACAGAAGAGGCUGCGGAGGAGGACGAUGAGGAGGAGGAGGAUGAAGCCGAUGCGGGAGGGGACAAUCUAGAGGGGGAUGAUGACGACGACGACGAGGAAGAAGAAGAGGAGGAGGAGGAGGAGGAGGGAGAAGAGGAGAGCAAAGCUCCGGAGAGAAUAUUAGAAGAGGAGCCAAAGGAGGGCGGAGACGUCGUCGAAGAGAGCCACAAACAGGCUGUGAGAAAGAGGAGGGUACGGAAAGACUGAGAGGUGAACCCCACGCCUACUGUCUCCUUUACCUUGAUGCGGAGGAGUUGGAAGGGCCAUCUCAGCUGCUGCUUCCCCCUCCCUCUCUCUCUCUCUCUCUCCACGAACAGAGCUGCAUGUAUUUCCUCCAAACCACCUGGUAGCCUGCAGUCACUCCGGCUGCCCCAUCACAGGACUCCCAAACCCCACCCUGGAUCAUCCCUUCUCUCCCUCCCUGCCUGCUCAUUGAACUGUCCGAUGAAUCCCCUGGAGAUUAUGUGCAUUUAGAUGUUUUCCCUCCUCCAUCCUGAGUUUCAACGCUUUCUUCAUCCUUCUUUUCUCUAAGCCAUUGCGGUCAAAACGCCCGUCAGCCUAAAAAGGCCCGCCUCUUCCACCGCUGUUCCUGUUCUGCUGUCGGUCUUUCUCUCUGAAUAUAUGCCAUCGUAGAUCUACUGUACCGGUCUGUCUACUCCGAGAGGGAAGGCAGCAGGGAGCGUCUGCACUGCUGUCAGCUGUUCAUACUAUUUUAAAGCCUAUCAUAGGGGCAACAUCUCCAAAGUUACUUUAUUCUUGUUCGAGGACACCGUUUGACAAAGUUCCUUCCCCGUUUGAAGUUGUUCAGGUUUUCAGAACAGGCCAGGCGGACGGGACGCCAGGCUGCUAGAGAUGUUACUGCGGUGUCAGGACAUUUCAGCUGAUAAGUUGCCUCAGCUUAGGUUAAAAAGUUCUUCUCUUUCAAAAUGGACGUUCGGUGUAGAUUUUAGGUAGUUUGUAAGGAGCAUUACUUUUGUGUUUUAUACUCAAGUUAUAUCAAUUUAAGAAUUGAGGAUUAGCACAGAUCACCCUAUUUAGUGGUAUCAAUUAAGAUUUAACAAUGCAGUGUUUUGAGUGACUUGAGGCGGUUUUCUUAAAUAUGAUAUGCCACUGGUGUGCUUAUUCUGAACCUAGGUCUGUUUGAAAUGCUUUACCUGAUCAAAAUACCAAAUGGCUUGGCCAUCAGUUGUCAAUAAGACCGAGUAUAUCAGUGGGUUCCUGCAGCAAACAGCUGGAUGUUAAACCUGUGAAAACAUGUCUCAUUUAGUCAGCACACAGCAGUGCUUCCCCACAAGAUCUAGACUAGCUGGAGUUCAGAUCCUAGAUUAUUGCCUGGGGGGAAACAUUGAUGCUAAUUUAUUUGUUUUAUAUUAUUGUUUCAAGCUUUUGUAGUUCAUGUUCUUGCCAAAUUCUGGCAGAUAUACCUGUUUACAUUUGUUUGCAAAUUGUACAUUGCUCUUGAAAAUAAAACUAUUUAAUAAAAAAAGUCAAGUCUGA